UCCAGUUCUAAAAGAAAUUAAUAUCGUCUGGAAUCAUUAAAGAAUGAACUGUACGGCAAAACAUUCGAUUUAGAUUUGUACUAUUCCAGGUACGCAACCUGGCCGUGGAUCGCUUGAAUUUUUCCAGGUCACUAGUGUGAUUCUGAGGUGAGUUUUUGGAUCAGAAAUCUUACGGAUUCAUGAAUCAGUUUGGAGUAUAGCAUUUUGAAGAUAGUCGUCUGCUCAAUGUAAAAACAUAUUUUUGCCUCUUUGGAUCCUCUUGCUGUUUGUUACUCCGGAUUAGGGUUCUGGAGGCGAAAAAGGUGUUUUUUCCCUGUAUUUCCGUGAAAAUAACGUUCGGAGAAACUGAUUUUAUUGGGGGAAAAAAUUAUGUUUUCCGCUAGCCAUUGAAAAAGGUUAGGAUAUUUGAAAUUUUUUUCUUUUCUUUUCUUUUUUGCCUUCAUACACAUAAACCUUCGUAAACUGUGACAGUUUUUAAGAAAAUUGCAGAGGAUUCAAGAUCCCAAAGUUAGGCUCUUUGGAGUUGUGGUGAUUUUUGCCCGUAAAUAUCACAGGUGAAAGCAAAACAAAGAAACCAGAAUGGGCACCUCUUCCGGUACAAAUCACCAUCAAGAACCGCCAGUUAGUAUGUUGCCCCCACGCCAGCAUCCAAUAUCGGCAGGGGUGCAAGCAUCCUUGUCUCUAGCUUCAUCUGAUCCUGCAGUAUCACCUGACACCCAAGAUCCAACAUCAAACUCUGACCAAGGGCAAGAUUUCCCCGCUGAGAGUGCAAGCUCUGGUGAGACCUGGCCCAUAGAGACAAACCAUUCCAAUGGCAUCACUGGAAGUAAAUUAGGGAAGGAGAAGGAAGGAGUGAACAGAAUCCCCAAACUGCAGGUCAUUCGCAGGUCUUAUAGUGGAAAUAGGUUAUCACUCCGUGAAGUUGCUCAAGACAGAGUUGAGGUCAUAUGCGAGAAAAUGAGGGUGAUGACAGAUGAGCUUCUAGAUGCACUUAAGCAUGAGCUUAGGAUGAUACUUGAAGGUAGUGGAGGCGUUCGUCAUGUAGACGAGUUUUUGUACCUCCAGAAGCUUGUGCAUGGUAGAGUUGACCUGACUGCAGACUCCCUUGCUAAUGCUCAUCCAGUUCAACUUGAAAUUCUUGUUGCAAUCAACACAGGCGUCCAAGCCUAUUUGCUUCAGAGUGUCAGUAUUGCACCAAGUCGUCUCGUUGAGGUUUUCUUUUAUAAGAGGUGCAGAAAUAUUGCAUGUCAAAGUUCUCUUCCUGCAGAAGAAUGUAGCUGUGGAAUAUGUGUUAGUAGGAGUGGUUUCUGCAAUCUCUGCAUGUGCCUGAUUUGCAACAAGUUUGACUUCGAGGUCAAUACUUGUCGCUGGAUUGGCUGUGAUAUGUGCUCUCACUGGACUCACACGGAAUGCGCCAUGCGAGUUGGGCAAAUCGGAACUGGUCAGUCUGUUAAGAGCGGGGUGGAUCAUGCUGAGAUGCUUUUCAGGUGCCAAGCAUGCCAAACAAUGUCUAAAUUGUUAGGAUGGGCUAAGGAUGUACUCCAACAGUGUGCUAAUGGUUGGAACCGUGAAACCCUGAUGCGAGAACUCAACUUUAUUUCUAAGAUUUUUCACUUGAGUCAGGACUCUAAAGGAAGGAAAUUAUAUCAGAAAUGUGGCGAGCUUCUAGAAAAAUUGAAGAAUGGCACACCUGAGCCCAUGGCUUGCAGGAUGCUCUUACACUUUAUUCAAGAGCUUGAACUAGACAUGCCGAGUAAUUCUUUGGGUGAAGAUGUUGGACAUCCAAUUUCUCCUCAGGAGGCUUGCAAUAAAAUUGCUGAUGUGGUACAAGAAGCAGUGAGAAAGAUGGAGAUGGUCGCAGAGGAGAAAAUGCGGUUGUUUAAGCGAGCUCGACUUGCUCUAGAGGUUUGCGACCGUGAACUGGAGGACAAGGCCCGAAAAGUCCAGGAGCUGCAAAUGGAGAGGCAUAUGAAGAAGCAACAAGUAGAGGAACUAGAGAGCAUCAUUAGGCUUAAGCAGGCAGAAGCCGACAUGUUUCAGCUCAAGGCCAACGAGGCCAAACAGGAGGCUGAGAGAUUGCAAAGCAUUGUCUUUGCCAAACCUGAUAAGUCCGAGCAAGACUAUUCUAGUAUGUACUUGAAGCGUCGACUUGAAGAAGCAGAAGCUGAGAAGCAAUAUAUAUUUGAAUCGAUAAAAGUUCAGGAGAGCCAACGGGCUCUGCCGGGGAGCGGAAGUGGGGCUGGUAAUGGUGACCCGGCGCAGAUGCUAAAUAAAAUCCAGGACUUGUUGAAGAAUGUAUACAGAAUGCCGCCUAAGACCGAAGGGCAACAAACAAAAUGACCUGCCUGAGUGCCUUUAGCUUCUGUUCUGAUUCUUUGCUGUGACCGAAAACCAUCGCCUGAUUUCAUUUACCGCAUGUCGUCGUUGCUUGUGCCAGACAGUUUAGCAUUCGAAACAACCCUUUAUUUUUGUGAAUUAUGGUGAAUAAGCCUCCUUUUCUUAACCUGAUUUGUAGGGUUUAUGUGAGCAUUUCACUUCCGAUGUGUAUGAUCUUGUUUCUUUACUGAUCCACCCAGAAACUUCCUCUAUCUCUUGAAAGUCAUUGAAUGUAGACCUUUCUUUCCCAUCGACACAAAA